UAAGAAAGAGUAGGAGAAAGCAAGAGAAAUUGAGUGAGAGCUCUUGUGAGAAAAAAGAAAGAGAGAAAUUAUGAGAAAUCCUUAUGUAGAUUAAGAGAGAGUAUUAAGGAGAAUUUAAGAGUUUCUAUACAUUGAAGCUAGGGUGUUGAGUGCUUCUUGACUGAGAGAGCUUCUAAAUUAUUGUACUCUCUUUCUUAAUAGUGGAUUUAUUUCUCUUUUUCUCAUGGAUGUAGACUUAUUGAAAGGUGUACAAAUCGAACCACGUUAAAUUAUUAUCUCAAUUUCUUUAUUGCUUCCGUUUGUGUAGGAUUGUGGUGCUCGAAAUUCCCAACAUAAUCUGCAUUUGCAUGUUUUGCGUUAAAGACACAUCGGAUGCACGUGUAAAGGCAAAGCCACAAAAGCCAUUCAAUAGACGGCCUCACAAAGCUCCAUUAGCAAAGGGGCUAAUUUGCUUUGAUCAUUGGGUUUGAGGGCUUAUUUGCUCCCUUUUUAGCUUAAGGGGUUAUCACUUAUUGUUGGCAAGAUUCAAGGGCUUAAAAAGGGGCUUUACCUUAGAAACAUGUAUGCAGUCGGUUGAUAAAAUGAAAAAUAUGAACUAUGUUGGGAUCCCGUUCAUUCCUGCGGAUGCAGAACUCAUCCAGAUUCUCCACCACAAGAUCACUAAUCCAAACUACAAUCAUCCCUCCAUCGUUGUUGCAGACGUAUACAAGCAAGAACCGUGGUCUCUUCCAUGGGAUCCGGCAGAGAACAGAUUCUUUCAUGGGAAUGAAAGGUAUUACUUCGGUAAAAGAAAGGGUACGGGAAGGAAAACGAAACGAACCCUGGAUAUUGGUGGAGAUCUUGAGGGAGCGGCUUGGAGGCCCAACCAAAAGGCAACGCCGAUUCUUGACGAAGGGAAUGGUAAUACCAUCGGUUUUGUGUUGUCUCUGACUUUCUUCUUCAAGAACAAAAGCAGAGGGGAUUGGAUUAUGCAUGAGUACUUGAUCGAUGAUCCGAACAGCGUCGAAGAAUACUGGUUUCUUAGUCGGUUUAAGUACACCGGUAAAGGGACGCCGCAGUCCAUGGCGGUUAGCGGAGGACUUGAUCCGCUGCCACUGAUAAAGUGGCAGAAGACCAUAGCGUAUGUUGAAGAACCACAAACUUUACAAGAAGCAGAGGGCUUGAUGAUCACCGAGGGUGGAUCAUCUUCGUCCUUACAGUUACAUGGUCUUGGUCAGGAUUGUUUUUCGUCGGCUGGUGACAAUAAUUGUCAGCUUUAUGUUGACGAGUUGGAAGCUUGGUUGGAGAAUCGUGAUUUUGAGAAAGAUGAAUGUUUUACGUCCGGUUCCGGUUCCGGUUCCGCUCAGUUGGAAGGUUUGUUGGAGAAAAUGUGAUUCUGAGAAAGAGGCAUUGGUUGUGAAGAACGUUGAAGAACAUCAAUUUGAUUGAUGCUGUUAUUUAUCCUUUAUUUUUAUCUAGAGAAGAACCUUGUAAGUUGUCUAGUGGUUUUUUCCUUAGUGGUUUUCAUUUUAAAAUUCUGAAGUUUUGAUUCUCUUGCCAUUUAAUUGCUGAACAUUGAUAUAUUAAUUGUCAUGAAAAAUACAAACAUAAAAAUGAAAAUUUGAGAUUAUC